AUGCCAAGACACUCGACUUGUAAAAUGCCUCCUAUGAUCUCUACUGCAGCAAAAAUGAUGUCUCGGAUAUCUAUUCUGCUUGUGCUGCUUCCUUUUGCACCAGCGGUGGGCCGACAACACUCCUCGGCAACCCAGACCUACAUAGUCCACAUGGACGCUACCAAGGCCGCGACUCUCGGUCGCUCCCUUGGUGGAACCAAGAGAUGGGCUGAAGCUGUGCUAGAAUCCAUUUUCCAACUCUCCUCCUCAGAAAACGAACGAGAGGUAUCAGCACCACCCCAGCUCCUCUACGUCUAUGACACUGCUUUCUCGGGCUUCGCCGCCAAGCUUUCGCCCAAGCAAGCAAAAUCUCUGCAGCAGCUUGAUGGUUUUCUCUUUGCCUAUCCCGACGACAUGGUGAUCCAACUCCACACCACAUACUCCCCACAAUUCUUAGGCCUAAUGCCCGGCAGAGGGCUGUGGACAUCGCCCAACCUAGCUGCCGAUGUCAUCAUCGGUGUGGUUGACACCGGUAUCUGGCCCGAGCAUGUUAGCUUCAGCGACGCCCACAUCUCCGGCAGGCCCACCCGCUGGAGAGGCGCUUGCGAAGCGGGCACCAUGUUUUCCUCCAAGAACUGCAACAACAAGCUGAUUGGUGCUCGCGCCUACUGGAAAGGCUACGAGGCUAUAGCUGGACCGAUAAAUGAGACUAGAGAGUUCCGGUCGGCGAGGGACUCGGAAGGGCAUGGCACUCACACUGCAUCAACUGCAGGUGGCGACAUUGUUGCCGGUGCUAGUCUCUUCGGCAGUGCUAAAGGCUCAGCUACGGGCAUGAGGUACACCGCAAGAAUUGCAGCCUACAAGGCGUGCUGGAAAUCAGGCUGUGCCGAUUCCGAUGUACUGGCUGCGGUGGAUCAGGCCGUGGCGGAUGGUGUGGAUGUCCUGUCCCUCUCCCUUGGAGGUGGUUCUCAGCGCCCUUUCUAUUCUGACAGCGUAGCCGUUGCGGCCUUUGGAGCCAUCCAGAAAGGUGUAUUCGUGUCAUGCUCGGCCGGAAACUCUGGUCCCUACGAGGCUACCGUGACCAAUACUGCACCAUGGAUCAUGACGGUCGCUGCAAGCUACUUGGACCGAAGCUUUCCUACAGAGGUAAAGCUCGGUGAUGGCCGCACGUUGAAAGGUGCGUCUCUUUACUCGGGGAGGCCAACAAAACUGCUGCCGAUCGUCUACGACAAGACCGCCGGCAGACAAAGUGCACGAUAUUGUGGACCAGGCUCCCUCUCACCAAAGCUUGUUAAAGGAAAGAUUGUCCUCUGUGAACGGGGCAUUGUUGGGCGGACCCAGAAGGGGGAGGAGGUUAAGCUCGCCGGAGGUGCCGGAAUGCUGCUGGUGAACUCUCAAGAACAAGGGGAAGAGCUGUUUGCUGAUCUCCAUGUUUUGCCUGCUUCGACACUAGGGGCAGCUGCCGCAAAGGCAAUUAAAAGCUACAUUACCUCUUCGAAGAGGCCCAUGGCCAUGAUCACAUUUCUCGGAACGGCAUACGGGCAGCCGGCACCAAUGAUGACAGCAUUCUCGUCGAGAGGACCAAGCUUGGUCGUCCCAGACAUCAUAAAGCCAGACGUAACUGCACCAGGCAUGGGUAUACUAGCAGCAUGGCCACCUUCUACGAGCCCUUCCCUCGUUGAGAGUGAUACACGUAGGACUAAUUUCAAUAUAAUUUCCGGCACCUCCAUGUCUUGCCCACAUGUCAGCGGACUCGCAGCACUCCUUAAGGGCGUCCAUCGGGAUUGGUCUCCAGCUGCGAUAAAAUCGGCAUUGAUGACCACUGCGUCCACUCUCAAUAACAAGAAUGGCUCCGUUGUCGACGUUAGCUCGGGACAGCCGGCAACUCCAUUUGCGUUUGGGUCGGGGCACGUUGACCCCGAAAGAGCCUCGAACCCGGGCUUGGUCUAUGAUAUUAGUCCGAAAGACUACUUGGAUUACCUCUGUAGCUUGAACUACACUUCCGCACAGUUGGCAACAUUGGCCAGGAAAAAUUACAGCUGCCCGAACAACAGAAUACUUGGCAAUAUCCGGGACCUGAAUUACCCUUCCUUCUCAGUACUAUUUGACCGUGGGAGUCCAAACUUUACGGUGACGCAAACAAGGAUUGUGACCAAUGUGGGGCAGGCAAGGUGCAGAUACACGGUGAAAGUGCAUGAGCCGAAGGGAGUCACCAUGAAUGUGGAUCCGAAGGAGUUGGACUUUGUGGAGUUAGGACAGAAGCUUAGUUAUAAGGUGAGUUUUCUUGGACUGCGUGGGACUGACACUUCUUUUGGAGAGUUGGUGUGGGUGUGUGGUGAGUACUCAGUUAGGAGUCCGGUUGCAGUGACAUGGCAAUAGAUGAACCAAUUCUCCCAAGUUUCGGAGGAGUUUGCUCACGAAGCCCUCGAGGCCUCUGCAUUUCUGCAACUCCUUGCGGUAUCACCACUGGCUCAACCUAAAAUAAUCAUUGUGUGUGCCCAAUUUUAGUAGGAGAUACGGAACAGAGGAACAGUUACGCUCUUAGCAAGUAAUGGUGUAGUGCAACAUUGAUAUUUCACUUCUCAUCGUGCAGGCAAAGUUCCAAAUCAAAAAAGAUAGGGGACUGAUAUUGAUGUCUGGAUAUGUGUUCGUUGGAUUAUCACAAGCUAGGAGUUGAGCAAAUCACGACAGUUUGUUGUCAGAAAUAGACGAGUACAGCAUCAAAUAUGCAAAAAAGAAAAAUAACUUGAGCAAUGGAUCGAUCAUCAAUUUCAAAUGAGUGAAAUUUCUCAUCUUGGAUUGGAUAAUUAUUUAUUUUUACAAUCCACUGCCAUUUGAUGUAGGUGGAAGAAUGCAUAAGCUUUCAUUUCUCAGAGAGAAUGAACCGAAAAGUAAAUUUUUAACAAAAAAGACGUCAGUGUAGACUUGUGAAUU